ACAAGUUUGAUCAACAUUUAGUUUACUGAGGCGAAAACAAAAGUGACUUGAUGCAGUCGUAGUCAUUCGAUAUGACAAUCACUGCUACUUUUUUAAUAAUUUGGACAUGUUUUUCUGCCCUUGUUUGUGCCCAAGCUAUGAAGUAUCUCAACAAAGAGGGAGAAAUCUCCUUUGGAAACGUAUAUUUAAGUGCAGAAGAGAAUUUUUUCCAUAAACUUGGCAGUCUUUUGUCCCACCAAACAACUAGAAGCAUUGAAGAAUGUUGGUUCAAGUGCGUACAAAACAAGGAAUGCUUGUCGGUGAAUACCAUUGCUUUGGACAAAUCCCGAUAUCGAUGCCAGCUUCUUAACUGGGCCGGGACGGGAUUUGAGAAAUAUCUUGUACCAAAAGCCAACUCAAAGUUUAUGCAGAUGCAGACUGUUUGUUCGCCACACCCUUGUCAAAAUGGCGGACAAUGUACCGUGAAAGAUGGAGGAACAAACUACACCUGUACUUGUACUAAUCACACUGGAAGAAAUUGCGAAAUCAAUGUGUGUUCUCCAAAUCCUUGUCAAAAUGGAGGACGAUGUAACGUAAAAGACGAGGGAAAUAACUACACAUGUACUUGCUUUAAUCAAUACUUUACUGGAAGGAAUUGUGAGACCAACAUACUGUGCAUGCCGAGUCCCUGUCAAAAUGGUGGACAAUGUUCCUUGAAAGAUGGAGGAACAAACUACACCUGUACUUGUGUUGGUCACACUGGAAGGAACUGUGAAAUCAAUAUGUGUUCUCCAAACCCUUGCCAAAAUGGCGGACAAUGUACCGUGAAAGAUGGAGGAACAAACUACACCUGUACUUGUGUUGGGCACACUGGAAGAAAUUGUGAGAUCAAUAUGUGCUCACCAAAUCCCUGUAAAAAUGGCGGCCUAUGUACUGUGAAAGAUGGAGGGACUAACUAUUCUUGUUCCUGCCGCACGGGUUACAUUGGAAUUAAUUGUGAAAUUAAGAUACCCUCUUUGUCGACGAGCAGUCGUAGAAGAAGGCGCCGAGUGAUUGGAUAACGUGUCAUUGACACUAGUGAAAAACGCACUGCGCAUGUCCACAGCUUUCCCCCCAGUGAGCGCGCGCGUCUUGAAAUCUGUAAACAGAGCGCCUGUAGAGCGCCUGCCGAUUUACAGCUAAAACAUAGAAAACACUACG